AAUUGCUAGAAGCAAAGAAAAGAAAGAAAUAGAAAUGCAUGUGAGUUGUAUUGUGUGACAAACAAUUGGAAUUGGGAACAAAUGCAUCAAGAUCUAUCUUCAAACCCUAAUCCCAAUUCCAAUACUAAAUUCAAUCCAAAAUCUCACAAUGCAAACACCGCGUCACAGUUACCUCCACCUCCGCCAUCCACGGCGGCGACAACCGCCGCCGGCAAGUCCUCAUUUUCUUCCACUUCUCUAUUCGCGCGCUCCGGUUCCAAUGGCGGAUCCCACCACCGGAGAGCCCACUCGGAGGUCAGUUUCCGAUUACCAGACGACUUGAUGGACCUAUCUCCGUCCGAUCCGUUCACCGGCGGAUCGUCGACGGCGAGCUUAGAUGAGAUCGGAUCCGAAGACGACCUGUUCUCGACGUACAUUGACGUUGACAAACUCGGAGGUUCGAACGAGUUGGGAGUUGCCGGAGUAGAUCCGGUCGGAAAUGGUGAACCGGAUAAGAUUCCGGCGAGGCCGAGACAUAGGCACAGUAGCUCCGUCGACGGUUGUUCUUCGUUUGGGGAGAUUAUGGAUGGGAAGAAAGCUAUGCCUCCUGAUAAGUUAGCUGAGCUUUGGUCUAUUGAUCCCAAACGUGCUAAGAGAAUACUUGCAAAUCGACAGUCUGCAGCUCGCUCAAAAGAGAGAAAGGCCCGCUAUAUACAAGAACUAGAGCGCAAAGUUCAGACCCUACAAACUGAAGCUACAACUCUUUCUGCCCAACUGACCCUAUACCAGAGAGACACAACAGGUCUGUCGACUGAAAAUACAGAGCUUAAGCUUCGUCUGCAAGCCAUGGAGCAACAAGCACAUCUUCGUGAUGCUCUUAAUGAAGCAUUGAAGAAGGAAGUUGAGAGGCUGAAAGUUGCUACUGGGAAUAUAAUGAGCCACACCGAGUCUUUUAAUCUUGGUAUGCACCAAAUGGCAUUUACAGAACCAAGCUUCAAUCCAAUUCCACCACAAUCAGGUCCUUCUGGUCACCAGAACAUGCACUUGCCACGAUUUGGUCCCUCCCCGUCUAGCAUGUCAACUCAUCAUCUGCAACAAACACAUUCUCCUUCAUUUUCAGAAUUAUUGCAAAAUGACCAGCUCGGUCGUUUUCAGGGACUCGACAUUAGUAGUAAAGGAACAACUGUUGUGAAAUCCGAAGACCCCUCUAUUUCUGCAAGUGAGAGUAGCACUACAUUUUGAAUUUGACGCAACUCACUUGACCUGCUAACUUAUCCUUUGCAUUCAUUCUUCAUAGUAUUGACCUCCGGUCAACUAAUGAACUUCAUGUAGGAUCCAUUCAGAUUGAGGAUUAAUUCUUAAUUAUUUGUUAUUUGGGGUGCUCACAAAAAAUGGGAAGCACCCUUAGUUAGGGUUUUGCUGCAUCCUUAGGAUUUUGCUGUGAAAUUCACAUAAUCACAUUGGGAAUGGGAAGAUCAUUCUCUUUGUAUCAUUGUAUUUUGGGGUGUAUGGAUUCCCCUUUGUUCAUUUGUAUCAUCAUUUACUUGUAGCAUGUAAACUAUGUGAUUUGUCAUUGUAUUUCACUUCAUUGAUAUUCCAAAUGAUGGACCCGUUUAUAUAAUGUUUAAUUACUAAGUUUUAGAUUUA